CUCUAACCUCGGCUCUUGCUCAUCUCCAUCGAACUCUUCUGUCGGCAAACAACGGUCGUCGCUACUCUCUCCAUCCUCAACAUGCAAUGCCGAGUCUCACCAUCAACAUGACCGACACUCAUCACAGACAGUCCGACGCUCAUCACUCCACGGUCUCUCGCCUCUCUUCGCCUAAAUGCUCAGGCACUCGUCAAGAUCGCUCCUCCCCUCCGACCCCCGCCGGCCGCGACCCUUCCACGCGUCGCCGUCCCUCCGCUGGAACCUCCGAGAAGAGUCCAAGCUGAGCCGACCCGAGCUCCUCGACCGGAUCACCCGGAUCCUGGUCCUCCGCCGCUCCGGCGCCCUGAAAUGCCUGCCCUUCGCGUUCUCCGACGGCCUCCUCGGCUCUGUUCUCCACCGCCUCCGCUUGAACCCCGCUGCUUGCUUGAGGUUCUUCGAGUUCGCCUCCGAGCAGCAGGAUUAUAGGCCUGAUGUGAAGGGUUACUGCCAGCUCGUUCAUAUACUGGCCCGAGCUAGAAUGUACGAGGAGACCAGAGCUUAUGUGAAUGAACUGGUCUCUCUGUGCAGGAACAAUUAUGUUUCCUUUGUUGUGUGGGAUGAGCUUGUGAGGGUUUAUCGGGAUUACGGGUUCUCGCCCGUUGUUUUUGAUAUGAUACUGAAGGCGUACGCGGAGAAGGGCAUGGUAAAGAAUGCGCUCUAUGUGUUUGAUAAAAUGGGCAAGUGCAGUCGAGUGCCGAGUUUGAGGUCUUGUAAUUCUUUGCUGAGCGGGUUAGUUAGAAAGGGUGAGAGUUACGCCGCACUUCUUGUGUUUGAUCGGAUGGUGAGGAUGGGGAUUGUGCCCGAUAUGUUCACUUGUGCGAUAAUGGUGAAUGCGAAUUGCAAGAAUGGGCAGGUUGAUAAGGCUGUGGAGUUUGUGGAGGAGAUGGAAAAUGCUGGUUUUGAAAUGAAUAUAGUCGCUUACAAUAGCUUGAUUGAUGGGUAUGUGAGUUGUGGGGACAUGGAAGGAGUUGAGAGGGUGUUGAAGAUGAUGGCCGAUAAGGGAGUGUCAAGAAACGUGGUUACGUACACGUGUGUGGUUAAGGGUUAUUGCAAGCAAUGUAAAGUGGAGAAAGCAGAGAAGGUUGUUCGGGCAAUGGAGGAUGACGAGUCCAUCGUUCCGGAUGAGCGUACUUAUGGCAUCUUGUUGGAUGGUUAUUGUAAGAUAGGCAAAAUGGAUGAUGCUUUAAGAGUUAAAGAUAAGUUGCUGGAGCUAGGUUUCAGUUUGAAUAAUGUCAUUUGCAAUUGUUUGAUCAAUGGGUAUUGUAAAUUCGGUCAACUUUCCAAAGCAGAGGUCUUGGUAUCGCAGAUGAGAAAUUGGAACUUAAAGCUGGACUCCUACGGUUAUAAUGCUCUAGUAGAUGGCUACUGCAGAGAAGGCUUGACAAGAGAGGCUUUUAAGUUAUGCGACGAGAUGAUCCACGAAGGAAUCGAACCAUCUGCUGUAACUUAUAAUACUCUUCUCAAGGGUCUAUGUCGGGUUGGAGACUUUGAAGACGCCUUACAUCUGUGGCGUUUGAUGCUGGAAAGAGGCGUGGCGCCUAAUGAAGUCACCUUGUGCACAUUGCUAGAUGUGUAUCUGAAGAUGGAGGAUCUUGAAAGGGCGCUUUCGCUGUGGAAAGAAAUCUUGGCGAGGGGUUUCGCCAAAUCGAGCAUUGUCUUCAACACCAUGAUUCACGGGCUGUGCAAGAUGGGGAAAAUGGCUGAAGCAGAGGAGAUUUUCCGGAGAAUGGAGGGACAGAGAUGCUCACCUGAUGAAAUAACAUAUAGAGCCCUGAGAGAUGGGUACUGUAAAGUAGGGAAUUUCGAACGAGCUCUCACUUUUUCGACGAAAUGCCAGACCGUAUAACGAAAUACAGAGAGUCCCCAGCUCGAAAGAUGAUCAUUCUUUCAUUCUUUAUUUUGGC